AUGUGGGCAUUGAAAAUGUUAAAUCUUGACUGGGCCAAAGCUGCUAAUCUAAGGAUGACACAACCCAACGAGAUGGAAGAGUUCCAUUUUCAUGCCUACAAGAAUGCAGCCAUGUAUAAAGAAAAAUUGAAGUUUAUUCGUGACAAGAAGAUUUUUAAGCAGGAAUUUAAAUCCGGUGACAUGGUCUUACUCUUCAACUCAAGAUUGAAGUUUUUUCCGGGAAAACUCAAAUCCAAAUGGUCUGGCCCAUUCAAAGUUGUGAAUGUGUCUUCCUAUGUAGCUGUUGAAUUAGAAUCUGAGGACGGGACCCGAAAUUUCAAAGUAAAUGGCCAAAGGGUCAAGCCUUACCUUGGAACCAUUGGAGAAAGGAAACUAGUAGAACAAUUCUCACUCAAGGAUGGUCCCGUACCAAUUGCCACCACUGAUUAG